GCAAGUUCUAUUUUUAAAUGUUUUUUACUUUUUAAAGUUAAGGACAGUGGUUAUUUUUUUAAAUUAAAAAGUGAUUGUGAUUUUUGUGGCCAUAUUUUUAAAAUGGAUACUAAAUUGUAUAUACUCUGUUUCCUGUUUUCGUUAGUGUCAUGCGCCCGAAGGAGCGUCAUCAUUCCGGAGGAACUUCCAUCACUCCUAUCAGUCGCGUACUCCAACAUACCUCCCAUCAAAAAAGGCACCGACUCCCGCAUCGGUUUUGGUUACGCGUUCGGGAACCACGCUGACUUCCAGGUGCUUUUGGAACUGGGGCCACAGACAAACACACAAAACUUAACGGGUUCAGGUUUUGGCACCAGCAAUGCCAAACGUCAGGCGCCUCCGUUGCAGCCACUCAAACUGAACAAGAGCAGAGAGAAGUACCUUCAAACGGACGCCGGGAAAUACCUUCAGAGCUGGGCCCAGAAGAUGAAGCAUCCCCACAAGACCACCAAACCUCGCCCGGGGGAGGUGCCCAACCUGGAGGACUCCGUGGUCGAGCUGGUGAAGAAUUCCAAGGGCGAGUUCGAGAUCCAUCAACCAAAGCCCGGACAUUUACCGCAGAAUGUUCUGGACGAUUUGAAAAGGUUAUACGGCAUAAAGAAACAAGAAGCCAUACAGUUAGGAGAACAGAAGAGAACGGCGGAAGAAGUAAAGAAGAUCACAGAAGAUCUAUCGAAUGUUGAUCUGGAUUAAGGGAUUUUUAAUAAAGAG